GCCGGCGAGGCACGGCUCCUAUUGGGCGUCCGCGCUGCUGCGGUCCCGCCCCCGGCCGCGUGCUGAUUGGCUGCGUAGAGGCAACCGUCCGCGUUUGAAACUCGGGCGCGCUGGCGGCCACCGAAGGCUGCGGCAGCCAGACUCAGUCCCCGGCGCGGAGCAGGCGCGGACCCCUCCUUCCUGGCGGCGGCGGCGCGGGCUCAGAGCCCGGCAACGGGCAGGCGGGCAGAAUGAGUCUGCAAGUCUUAAACAACAAAAAUGUCAGCGGUGAGAAAAGUACAGAAAACUGCGACUUCCUGUUUUCGCCACUGGAAGUUACCGGAAGAUCGUCUGUUCUUUGUGAGUCACAGAAAGAAAAUGUGCCACCCAAGAACCUGGCCAAAGCUAUGAAGGUGACUUUUCAGACGCCUCUGCGGGAUCCACAGACACAGAGGAUUCUAAGUCCUGGCAUGGCCAGCAAACUCGAGGCUCCUUUGGCUCAGGGUGACACCCUGGGACUGGAAAACUCUCACCCGGGAUGGACACAGAAGAACCAACAGCUCAUCAAGGCAGUGGAUGCCAAAACUACUCAUGGAAUUAUCCAGAAACCAGUGGAGGCUGACACCGACCCCCUGGGGGAUGCAGGCCCAGCCUUUGGGGAUGGCAGCUCCGGCGAACCUGGCCCAGGCGCCCUGGCUGGCCUGGACUGCUCAAGCUAUCCCCAGAACCCAGGAAGUUCUGAAAACCAAAUGGCGUCUCCAGGAAAACUGUCUGGCAGCCCUGAGCAAGCCUUGGAGGAAAACGUUAGUUCUUAUUCCUUAGACAAGAGAAUGACACCCACUUCUGAGCCCCUAGAAGACCCUCCCAGGACAGAGUCCCAGCAUAGAGUGGAGCCUCCGCACAGAGCCGAGGAGGAAUGCAGGCCUGGUGGGGUCUCUGCACCCACAGCAGUGGCCACUUGGCCUCCUGGUGUGAUCCCUGAGGAAGCACGUGGAGGAGCGCCCCUGGGGGAUCUGCCUGGCGAGGCCCCAGCCUGCCCCGUGAGUGUGGGCACCCCCAUGCCAGCAGAUGGCACGCAGACCCUUACCUGUGCACACACCUCUGCUCCUGAGAGCACAGCCCUGACCCUGAGUCCUUUGGAGAAAGCAGCUUCAGGUCAGAUGGCCAGCUCCUUGAGGACUGGACCCAUAAAACUUGAAUUUGAUUUCUCCGACGGCGCCACCAGCAAUAGGGCACCCCCCCCAAAGAGACGGGGAGAGAGAUCCAGCCUCAAGCCUCCCUUGAGGAGAGUGGCAGCAAGGCAGCAGCAGGCCCCGCGGGUGUCGGAAGAGGACAGUGGGAGCGGAGCGGGAGCGGAGCCCCCCGCGCUGGCUUCUCAGGGCUCUUGCCACCUCGACUGGGACAAGCCGGAGUACCCAAACUUCACACCAUUCGGAGGUGGCACCAAGCCCGGUUGCAGUGAGGCCCAGCCCCUGGAAAGCCCCAAGACCAGGCUGGGCCGGCCAGCAGCUGAACCACGGAGUCCCACGGAGGAGCCAGGCUCCCAUCUGAGCCAGCAGCUGGUUUCAGCCUUAGCAGAGGACACACCUGUGGUGCAGUUGGCAGCUGAGACCCCAAGAGCAGAGAGCAAGGAGAGAGCCUCGAACGCUGCGGGCACCGCGCUUCCCACAGGCUGUCCAGACAGUGAGCCACUGCCCACCCAUCAGCAGGGGCAGCCUGCCUUGGAGCUGGGAGAGGAGAGCUUCAGAGACCCCACUGAGGUUCUAGGCACAGGGGCAGAGGUGGAUUACCUGGAGCAGUUUGGAGCUUCCUCGUUUAAGGAGUCAGCCUUGAGGAAGCAGUCCUUAUACCUCAAGUUCGACCCUCUCCUGAAGGACAGUCCUCAAAGACCAGGGCCCGUGGCCACAGAGACCAGCAGCAGCACACACGGUGUGGAGGAGCCUCCCUCAGGAAGUCCGCGGGAAGCCACGCUUGUGGAGUUGGAUUUCUUGGGAGCACUGGAUGCUCCGGUGCCAGACCCACCCCCAGGUGUCACUGCGCCUGGCGGCCCACCCCUGUCCACUGGGCCUAUAGUGGACCUGCUGCAGUACAGCCAGAAGGACCUGGACGCCGCGGUAAAGGCGACGCAGGAGGAGAACCAGGAGCUGAGGAGCAGGUGUGAGGAGCUCCACAGGAAGAACCUGGAGCUGGGGAUGAUCAUGGACAGGUUCGAGGAGGCCACAUACCAGGUCAUGGAGGAGGUUCAGAAACAGAAGGAACUUGCCAAAGCUGACAUCCAGAAAGUUCUAAAAGAAAAAGACCACCUGACUGCAGAUCUGAACUCCAUGGAGAAGUCCUUCUCUGACCUCUUCAAACGCUUUGAGAAACAGAAGGAGGUGAUUGAGGGGUACCGCAAGGUAAGUCCCUGCCACCCGGUGUCUUCCCCGCAGAGGCUGGCGGGCUCACGGGCCAGGCCAGCAGGGCUGCCAGCUGCUGUCUUUGCACCUUCAUCCUUGGCCAAGCCUCCCCUUGCCACUCGGGCCUGGGUGGCUUGUGAAGAGACAGGUGCAGGAGUCACAGCAUAGCCAGUUUGCAAAGCACUGAGGGUUGCAGGAGGCCAGGCAAGAGGGAGGCCGUCUGAGCUCCUGCUGCUGUGCGAAGGAUGACUUGGCUGUGACCAAGUGCCUGUGAGAUUCGAGACUGCAUGGGUGCACUGGGGCAUGGGGCAUCUUGGAAAGGGCGUCAAGCCUGGGCUGCUACAGCGUGACCUGGGGCAUGUGGUAUACAAGGCAGGAGGCCCACAGAAAGGUGGGCAUGGCUGUGCCAGGCUACCCUCGUGUCCCGGCCACAGGCCUCUGAGUCCCCUCCGCCUUCUAUGCUGGGCAAAGCCCACAGGCUUGCUGGAAGGAGGGAUGUCUGGGCCAGCCAUCUGCCCAGAGCAGACCUGGGAGGGGCCGCGAGGCCGCCAGACACUUCUGCCUGCAGCAGCAGAGCUGUAACAGAGGUGCUCACCGCCUGCCGUGCAGGAGCUGGGCCUGUGGGCACACCUGAAAGAAGGGCUGACACUGUGGCUGCAAGGGGUUGGGGAUGCCAGAUGGGGGCCCUGGGAGUCAGACUUGGCUAGAACAGGGGCCCUUGCGGCACCUGGCUGAGCCACACCUUCUCUCAGUUCUGAUGUCAGGUAGGCCUCAGUGGCCAGGGCACAGCUGCCUAAGAGAAGCCUGAAGAAUCUACAGAAGACCGUAUCUUCCGCCUUAAAUUGGUGCUACAGAGUUUUAAAUUAGUGUCUGGCACAAAAUAACCAAGUAUGAAAGAAACAGGCAACACGAUUGAAAAUCAGAACCAGAGCCGGGCGCGGUGGCUCAAGCCUGUAAUCCCAGCACUUUGGGAGGCCGAGGCGGGUG